AUGAAUGCGAACGAUGCGACUCUUACAGCGGAGACCUCGCUGCAACCUUUCAUCCGUCGUACCACCACCAAUCAUCACAGCCUAUUUCUAAAGGAUAAAGGCGGCUCCAUCAGCUCAAUGGGAAUUGGAACCGUCAUAUAUGGAGAAUAUCGAUAUCACCGAUGCCAAUGUCAAUGA